CCGGCGCCUCUCUGAGUCUCCGACUGCCUCUCUCUCUCUCUACCAGAAGUGAGCGGUUUCUCACUCUACUCUGCAUCUCCUACUCCGGCCACAUAUUCAGCAGUCUGCGGACGAUCUCUGCCGUGUAGACAUGGCCGAGGAGCUAACGGACGAUCAGAUCGCCGAGUUCAAGGAGGCUUUCAGCUUAUUCGACAAAGAUGGAGAUGGCUGCAUUACAACGAAAGAAAUGGGCACUGUGAUGCGUUCUCUCGGCCAAAAUCCAACAGAAGCCGAGCUGCAGGACAUGAUUAACGAAGUCGAUGCAGACGGAAACGGCACCAUUGAUUUCCCCGAAUUCCUAAACCUCAUGGCUCGAAAGAUGAAGGACACCGACUCGGAGGAGGAGCUCAGGGAGGCCUUUCGCGUCUUCGAUAAAGACCAGAAUGGCUUCAUCUCCGCCGCGGAGCUCCGGCACGUCAUGACCAACCUCGGCGAGAAACUCACCGACGAGGAGGUCAACGAGAUGAUCCGGGAGGCCGAUGUUGACGGCGACGGCCAGAUCAACUACGACGAGUUUGUCAAGGUCAUGAUGGCGAAAUGAUCAAUGUAUGAAUCUCUUAAAACUGAUUUCUUUUCUGUGUGUUUGGUUUCAGCUUUUCUUUUUUUGUCUAACUUUUGCUCAUGUAUUGUUUGGCUUGCAAUUUUCUUUUCUGA